GUUUACCUUCAAGAACUACCAGUGUGUUUUGGCCUUGGCUUUUGCUAUAGAAGAGAUCAACAAAAACCCUGAUCUUUUACAUAACUUAACUCUGGGAUUUAGUAUCUAUGAUGUUCAAUAUGGAUCAAGGACAUCAUUUAAAAAUCCUUUUGUUUGUCUUUUUGGGAAAUAUGACUUCCCAAACUAUAAUUGUAUGAGAGACAACCAGUCUAUAGCAGUACUUACAGGACCUUCAGGAGCAUUGUCUUCACUGCUGGACCUCUAUAGUUUUCCACAGCUGACCUCUGGGCCUUUUGAUCAUGCUCUGAGUGACAAUAACAUGUUUCCUAGUCUCUAUCAAAUGGCUCCAAAGGACACUUCAAUAGCCAAUGGCAUGGUCUUAUUACUACUUCACUUCAGCUGGAAUUGGGUGGGACUGAUAACCUUACAAGAUGAGAAUGGUUUGUGGAUUCUUCCUGCAUUCAAAGAAGAGAUGGCCAAGAACAGAGUUUGUGUAGCCUUUGAGCUAUCAUUACCAAAUUAUUCCAUGUCGAAUAUUUUCAAAAUUAUGUCACAUUAUAACCAGAUAAAUAAAUCUUCAGCAAAUAUCGUCAUUGUGUAUGCUAAUAAUGAGUUCCUACGACAUUUAUUGAUAUGUGUUGAACAAUUUUUAAUAAAAGGCAAAGUUUUUAUUAUGAACUCAGAGUGGGAUGUAACCAUGAGAAAGAGAUAUUUCAUUCUAGGUUCAUUCCUUGUACCUCUCGUUUUCUCACACCAUCACCCAGAUGUUUCUGGAUUCACAGAUUUUCUCAAAUCAGUUAACCCGUGCAAAUACCCAGAAGACUUUUUUCUUGCUAGGUUAUGGUUUCUGUCUUUUAAUUGCUCAGAUUCUGCGUCUGACUGUGUACAGUGGGAGAACUGUCCUCAUGAUGCCUCCUUGGAUUGGUUGCCUAGGCAUAUAUUUGACAUGAGUAUGUCUGGAGACAGUUACAAUAUAUACAAUGCUGUGUAUGCUGUGGCCCAGGCUCUCCAUGAUAUGCUGCUUUAUCAAACAGAAACACAAACAAUGGGAAAUAGAAAUGGGAUAAUGUCUUCCCCUGCACAGCUGCAUCGUUUUCUGAAGAACAUCCAGUUUCACAAUCCUGCUGGAGAUCAAGUGAUUUUAGAUGAGAAAAAGAAAUUGGGGGCAGAGUAUGAUAUUGUGAACAUUUGGAAUUUUCCCGAAGGUCUUCAACUUGAGAUGAAAGUAGGAAAAUUUUCCCCAUAUACUCUUAAUGGUCAUCAACUGACUUUAUCUGAAGAUCUAGUAGACUGGACCAUAGGAACUACAGAGCCUCCUCACUCUGUCUGCAGUGAAAGUUGUGUUCCAGGAUUCCGGAAAACCCCUCAGGAGGAAAAGGCUGCUUGUUGCUAUGAUUGUACCCCUUGCUCAGAGAAUGAGAUAGCUAAUGGGACAGAUGUGGAGCAUUGUAUGAAGUGCCCAGAUCAUCAGUAUGCCAACACAGAGAGAAACCAGUGCCUCCAAAGAGCUGUAAGUUUCCUGGCUUAUGAAGAGCCCUUGGGGAUUGCCUUGGCCUGCAUGGCUCUAUGUUUAUGUACACUCACAGCAGUUGUUCUUGGAGUCUUUGUGAAACAUCAGAACACCCCCAUUGUUAAAGCUAAUAACCAAGUUCUCAGCUACAUCCUGCUCAUCUCCCUCAUCUUCUGUUUUCUCUGUUCCUUGCUCUUUAUUGGCCGUCCAAACACAGCCACCUGCAUUCUACAGCAAACCACAUUUGGAGUUGUAUUCACAGUAGCUGUUUCGGCUGUGUUAGCCAAAACUGCAACUGUGGUUCUGGCCUUCAAGGUCACUUAUCCAGGGAGAAGAAUGAGGUGGUUACUGCUCUCAGGGGCUCCUAACUUCAUCAUUCCCAUCUGUACUCUGAUUCAGGUGACAUUCUGUGUACUUUGACUGGGGACUUCACCUCCCUUCAUUGACACAGAUGUACACUCUGAACAUGGCCACAUUAUCAUCCUGUGUAACAAGGGCUCCCUCACUGCUUUCUACUGUGUCUUAGGAUACCUGUUUUUUCUGGCCCUGGCCAGCUUCAUUGGGGCUUUCCUGGCCAGGAACCUUCCUGACACAUUCAAUGAAGCCAAGUUCCUGACCUUCAGCAUGCUGGUGUUCUGUAGUAUCUGGUUCACUUUCCUGCCUGUCUACCACAGUGCCAAAGGAAAAGUCAUGGUGGCUACAGAAGUUUUCUCCAUCUUGGCUUCCAGUGCAGGGCUGUUGGGCUGCAUUUUUGCUCCCAAGUGCUACAUCAUAUUGUUAAGGCCAGAUAGAAAUUGUCUGCAUGGUUUUCGGGACAAAACACAUGCCAGGGGAAAUAAACCCCGAAGAUGA